AUGGCGUCAGCAAUCGAGGAGUCUAACAUUGUGUUGUCAGAAAAGCCGUGGCGAAGAACCUCUAUAGGAUGCCUCGUCAACAAUUGGUUCAUGAUUACCACCAUUGUCAGUGUUAUCAGUGGUUUCAUUGUCGGAUUCUGUAUUCAACAAAUUGGCCUAAGUGAAUCUGGUAAAACAUGGCUUGCAAUGCCUGGAACCAUCUAUAUUAGGCUACUAAAGUUAACCAUUCUUCCUAUGAUUGCAGCGAAUGUUAUCAACGUCAUGGCAAAUCUCAAUCCGAAGGAGAACGAGAAGGUCAGUGGGAUUGCCCUCGGCUUCAUUCUCAUUUUCAACCUCCUCUGCUCUCUCAUUGGAGUUGCAUACGCAUACAUCAUCAAAUCGGAGACAGGUGAAUCUGGCGGCCAAAUCUCUUACAUCUUCAAAGACCUUUUGCUAAUAACACCAUUGGGCGUAAUGUUCAUGGUGAUGAGCUCGAUCGCAGAGAUGGGAGACACUACGAACACAUUUAUUUCUCUUGGCUUCUUUGUCCUCAUCAACGUUGUGGGACAACUCACCCACUUCAUAUUCAUGCUUCUCAGUCUUGCUUUGUUGUGCAAGAAUCCAUUCAUCAUUCUCAAAUAUGCCUUCUCAACCUACUUCAUUGCAUUCGCCACAACAAGCGCCGUAGUCAGCAUCCCCAACGCCUUUGUGGCAUGUGAUGCAUACGGAAUUCCAAAGCCAAUCUCCCGUUUCGUGCUUCCAUUUGCUGCAACCAUGAAGAGUGACGCGUCAGCCGUUUUCAUUACAGCCUCCUGUUUGUUUAUCGCUCAACAGCAGAACAUCGAACUUGAUGCCGCCAAGGUCGUUACUGUUGUGUAG